AUGGGCCUGCGAAAACAGCCCCCACCGCGUCUGGAGAACAUUAGCAAGUCAAAUGUUCGAUCGGACGCACGCUCAUCCAAGUCACCCAACUCUGCUUCCUUCCAUCACCCGACUCGUUUAAACCGAUUUCCUUCUGGGGACCCCAUCUACUCUCCCGACCUCAAUACUUCACCUGCGUUUGACCUGAUGCCACUUGAGGAAGCACAGCGGUCGCCUGUGGGGUCUCCCACCAGCCAACCCCCGAGCUCAUGGCCAGACAAUAACGGAAGACCGGAAGACGGCCGCUCCGGUCAGUAUAAUCAGUAUGAGGGAGCAUACAACGAACCUGCAAAUACCAACGGACACUGGGUUCCCCCGACAUUGAUGGCAGGUCAACAACUAGGAGCGGCCGAGAAUGUGUGGCGGUCAACGACUGACGGCGGUCGUGCUUCGACUGGAGAGCUACCGGUACAGCUGCAGUCGAAUAACCCAUUCUUGAAGCCUAGGCCGGCAGAGCAUACUCAAGAUCUCUUGGAUCGCAAUGAGUGGGGACGUGAUUCACAUGCGACUUCAAACAGUGAGGCAUUGAGCCAAUCCGAGGGGUAUAUUCCGAUGACUGCGCGGCUCUCUCUUUUAGAUGAGCCCGAACAAGAAUCCCCAUGGACCGAGGCUCCUCGUCCUCAAUCCAAUUCCCAGCAACGCCCUGUAUUAGGCGGUCACCACCUCGAUGAUAACUCACCGUGGGACUCUCAACAGUCCGCCAAGGUUCCGGUUCCCCAAGGUGUCUACCUACAAGGAGAGCAGUCUAAUCCAUAUGCCCCAGCGGUUGCGGUGCAGCCGUCUGGCCUUUCUGAUUGGGAAACCUAUGCCGGCCAACAAUAUAAGCCUCCAUCCAAUUCAGGGAGGCUUGGAUCGGAUGCUGGAAUCAAUACUCCAUCUGUUGCUCUUUCUAAUCGAACCUCUGCUACCUCUCAUGAACUAAUUGAUUUUGGUGGAUUGAGCGCCACUGGGAAUUCGGUGGGCGAGACAAGGUCUCCUGCUGCAUCUACGGCGUACUCAGAACCUGCCGCGAACGGAGCAAGAUCAUUAUCAGAAAAGCAAGACCUCGCAGCUCCCGUGAUACAACAACCACAACAACCCCAAGUAAGCCCUAUACUGUCUCCCGCAGAAGCUGCACGACAAAAAGAGCAAAGAUCAGAAACAUAUACUAUUCGACACAUCCGAUGGACCGAUCAGAGUGGUCAACUGCUGGAGUCCCCGAUUUUGGUCCAAAAUCAAAACGGACCUUGUCCUCUGCUAGCCCUUAUAAAUGCAUUAGUGCUGCGAGCGAACCCCAACGCUCACCCACCAAUCGUUAGAGCUCUGUCAACUCGCGAGCAAAUCUCUCUAGGUUUGCUAAUCGAGGCGAUGUUUGAAGAGCUGACAACAUGCCUGGGCCCUGAUGAGGAGUUCCCAGACAUCGAGGCCCUCACUCAAUUCCUGACAAUGCUGCACACGGGUAUGAAUGUCAAUCCACGUUUGACAAUGAAUUCUACUGAAGGAUUUGGCACUUUCCUCGAAACCAGCGACCUCGGACUGUAUAGCACGUUCGGUAUACCAUUGAUCCAUGGCUGGCUAGCCUCAUGGUCCAGUCCUACCCAUGCUGCGAUGUCACGCACUGCCCAGUAUUACGAGGAUAUUCAAAUGCUUCCCUUCCGCAAACACGAGUUUGAGGAACGGGUGGCGCGGGGCGAGGCACUUGAACCUGCGGAAGAGAAUAUCAUGGCGGAUAUCCAAACCAUCCAGCGAUUUGUGGAAAUUGAGAAUGCGACACAAUUGAGCCCAUUUGGCCUGACACAGCUCUCGACUAAGCUUACGCCCGGAUCUGUCUCCAUUCUUUUCCGCAACGACCAUUUCUCGACAUUGUAUAAACACCCGCAAUCCCACCAACUCUACACUUUGGUUACCGAUGCUGGCUAUGCGGGCCAUGCCGAGGUGGUUUGGGAAUCUCUAGUCGAUGUGACAGGAUUCAACACAGAAUAUUACUCAGGCGAUUUUCGACCUGUAGGCGCUGGUCCUUCAGCCCCAUCUGGCCCUGAUCCCGCGGUCCUCCAAGCCUCUAAUGAGCCAGCCACUCAUUCUCCAGAGGCAAACGAAGGAUCGAAAUCCCCUGAGCUGACUCAAGAACAGAGUGAUGCCGACUAUGCAUACGCGCUGUCACUUCAGUUCCAAGAAGAAGAGCGACGCGAAAAUGCUAGGAAUGAGCAGGCUCGUGAUCGUCGCACAUCUGCACCGAGUAAUUCUUCCAAUCGGCCAUUGCCUUCGCCUCGCUUGAGCAAUGUGCCUAAUCGACCAUUACCCUCGCCUCGUUUGAGCAAUGUACCCAAUCGAUCUUCGAGCAUUGCCAAUACGAUUGGUUCUCGGCCUAGUCCUCAGCCACAACAUGGGCCCGACCCUGAGGACCCAAAUGCACCCCCUCCUCCAUAUGAACAAGCUGCUGCUAGCGGGCCGCGUUGUUCGCCUCCUGACAUAAGGCCAUAUGGCGGUGCCGCAGGAAAUCAGUACCCUGGUAACCGGAAUUCGCGGAAUCGAACCUCGCAGUCUUCUCACCGACCACGCCCGCCUGUACGUGCAGGGGAUCACAAUAUAGAAACAGAACGGAACAAAGAAUGCAUAGUGAUGUGA